AUGGCUCUUGAGGGGCUGGAGAAGGAUCUCGAGACUGCGGCGAGAUUGGGUCAGUCCGUCAUGGCUGUUUCCCAUGAGAACGCUGCCUUGGCAGUGACCGACAUGAACUCGUCAUCGCUGACCUUUGCUCUGCAGGCUUUACUUCAUCGCCAUGAGUCUUACAUGGCCGAGGCGGAGGAGGACCGCCAUCGGUUACUGGCGAGUAUCGAAAGCCUCGAACGCGAAAAGCGCCAGGCCCAGGCAGAAAACGCGCGUAUCAUCGAGGAGAACCGUGGGUUAUUGGAGCAAUUGGAUGGCCUGAAUCAGGCUGUCGCUGAUUCAGAUUCCCAUGCCAAAUCUCUCACUGUCAGCCUAGAGACUGCUGAGGCGGAGGUUCGGAAGUUGACAGCCUCGGCCGCGCGCGCAGCCGACCUCGAAGCCCAACUAGCCCAAAUGGAGGCAGAACAGUAUAAACUGCAAGAAAGUCUACUUUCGGCCCAUGAGGACUCCAAGUCGGCGGUUCAACGCUGGAAAACCGCUGAAUGUACCCUGCGCGACCUGCAUGACCAGGUCGAUCGGAUCGAGAAAGAAGCCCGAGAGGAACGUGACCGCCACGCCGACCUGAUUCAGCGUAUGGAGCGCAGAAGGGCCGUGGAGCGGGAGCUUGAUGGUGCCGCUGGGCGACUCAAGGGCGCUGCGGCGGCUCAGGAAUUGGGUUGGAACCAAGGCGGAACAGUAGUUUCGCGCUUCGUCCGGGACAUAUUGCAAGACAACGCCAAUCUGCAAAUGGGGAUUGUGGAAUUACGCGAGAUGCUCGAGAGUUCAAACCAGGAGGUGCAAAAUCUGCGGGAACAGAUCUUGUCACAUCAGCCUCUGGUGCCAAAAGCCGGGGAGGAUAGGCAAGGAUCCCAGCCAGCAACGACUCUGGGUCAGGAACUGGAGGAGAGAGAACCGCGCCGGGUAUCGCAGGAGUUUCAUGUCCAUCAUCAUUAUCAUACGCCGCCUGUGUCGGCUAGCUCCAAGAAAGACAAGGCCAUGCUUUUCCGGCGCUCGAAGAAGAGGCGGUCUUUGGGCAAUCCCUCGAUUUUACACUCAGCCUCAGGCACACAGCUGGCCCGCAAAUCCAUGCACCGUUCUCAGUCUUCAACAUCUUCAACAUCUACUAUUUUGUCUCAAACCUCAGUUUCGAUUCCUCCAACGUCGUCACAUCGCUGGUCCCUGCAGUCGCCAACAGUGGAUUCAAUGGCCAGUUCGCCACAGUCAGCAUAUCGAUCGUCAUACAUUUUUGAUCGGGUGGAACGUGGGUUCGAUUCAUCUCAAGCCACUAGUCCCGAAAGUACUGUCCUCGUGCCGCCUAUGAGAGGCGCCGCCGCCAAGCACGGCCUGUUCGGUUCUAGCUGCCGGCAACUCGAUGGGCCAGAGGGACUUGAUGAGGCUGGUGACGGUCGUUUGGAGGAUGAUCUUUUCGAUGAUUACAGUGUGGGGCCUGUGGAGAGAGCCCCUCUCGAAUCCGUCAUACCGGAGGAAAGGGAGGAUUCAUCGGUGCAAUAUGCUGUAUCUGAGAGAGCCUGUUCACCCGCACCGCUUGAUGAAGCUAUUCCUACACCAUAUCGACCUCUGCGCAGAGGCACAUCACACGAAAGUCUAUUCUCGGUGGCUGGCAUGGACAUCCACACCCCUAGCCGUCGUCCAUCGCGCCUGAGUGACAUGACAUCGACGGCCUUGCCUAUCCAUAUGACACGCCGUAUCAUGUCGUAUGGGGCCGAGCGCUUCUCCACUACCCCAGUGACCUCAACGACCACUGUUAUGGCUGGACGAGAGCCGUUCCGGGUCUCUGAUCAAUCCCCCGAGGCUCUGCUGGCUUCGGUUGCUGCCAGUGGGGGCCAGAUUUCCGAUACACCGUCUGCAUCCACAGUCGGUGACCGUUCUAACUCCACCGCCACGCCAACUCGGAAAAUAUCCCUCAGUCGUCGUGUCGGUGGCUGGGUCCGAGGCCGCUGGGGUACAGCCCCCGUCGUGUCGCAUGGAGACCUACAGCCUGCCGUGGAGGAAGAACCAACGCCUUCUGCAUCUUUAGUCCAGUCAGAAUCAUCUACUCCAUCUUAUUCAGCUGGAAAGAAGUACAACCACAAAGCCGAGUCGAGCCCGAGUCUGCGGUUUCGGUAUCCGGGAGUGAACCAAAAAGGUCCGAUAAUGGGGUUCCGACCAUCGCAGCGAGCUCCUGCAACGGUACAUGCUGAACAGAUCGAUGAGUGUCUACUAAGAGAGACCCUGGCGGAAUGA